GCUAAAGAGAACUAUGAAGGCUUAAAUGGCACCAAUCGAACCGUCACAUUACAAACAUUAAUGAGUGCAAAUGUUUUGCAAUCGGGUAAAGCGGUAAUGACUAUAGACUAUUUGGGUCAAAAAUUUGUCGGAGAUUUGAUGCCGGACGGUAAAAUAAAAUCACAAGAAACUGAAACAGUAUUUCUUACUCCAAGUGCGUGGGCAGUGCAUUGCAAACGGUUUAUAAAUCCUGAUAAAAAAAGUGGAUGUGGUUGGGCAUCUGUGAAAUAUAAAGGAAAAAAGUUAGAUGUCUAUAAAAAUUCAUGGCUACGAAAGUGUGCGUUGCAAAAAGAUGUCAACUUGGAUGAUUCAGAAUCAGAAGCUGAUAAGAAGUCGGAUUGCCUUUUGACUAAUAUAAAGCGAAAUAUAUGCCCAUACAAUACUAUAAUGAACCGAAAUUUACCACAUGAUGGAAAUAUGUUAAUAAAAGCAGUGUCGUUUAUAUCAAUGGGAAAAGUACAACCAUUUUUAGUUACAUUUAAUUCUUCGGCUUUGCUGUUGGCUGAUUUCCACUGUCAUUUAACCAUGCGUGAAGUUUGCGGUUAUUUUGGAGGUCACUGGGAUAUAAAUACGCACACAUUGAACAUAACUAAGGCAUACCCUUGUAGAAAUUUUCAAAAAUCAGUUCAAGAGGAACACGAUAUAAAAAAUAUGAUAAUGUGCGAUCAACUUCUACUUGUUGGGUGGUAUCAUUCACAUCCGAAAUUUCAAGCGGAACCUUCAUUACGAGAUUGCGAUGCCCAGUUAGACUUCCAAAUUCGAAUGCGCGGUUCUUCAGAUACUACGUAUACACCAUGUGUGUCAACAAUAGUUUCUCCAUAUUAUGAUGAAAAUCCAAGCUUAGAAUCAGUAAUUAAAUCUGUAUGGGUCAUGCCGCCGAAUGAGACCAAACAAAUUUUGGAAUAUGGACGUCCGAUGUUAAUGCAAUACUCAGUCAUAUUGGAUAAGGAAACACCAGCAUAUGUGCAUUCUCAACUGCAAGCAUGUGCUACUUAUUAUGCAAGAUCGCGAAAUGAAUUGAUUAAAUUUAACAGCAUUUUUAUUGAAGACGUUACAUUUUUAGAAAAGUUAAAACACACAUUAUAUUUAAAACUUCCUGCGGAACAGGAUAAUACUAUCCUUUGGAACUUGAUUUGUGAAAUUUUAGGGAACGAAGACAAAUUUAUUCCUCCUAAAACAGUGACAGAUAUUGGCAAGAAGGCCAGCCAAACUUUUUCUGUAGCAUUUAGUGUUGAUCUACCUCAAGAUGAAAUUAAACAAGUUAUACAUGAUAAAAAGUUUGUUGAAAUAGAAAAACAUGAUCUUGAUAAAAAGGGUAGCGAAAUAAAAGUUAUGUCACUGCAGGAGCAACUUUGUUUACCAUCUGGAUUAAACAUGAAUCCAGUUCGUACAUUUGCAUCUUUGGCGUCGUCUAAUCAGUUAGGAUCCAAUAAUAUACCAUCGCUAUCGACUAAAAGUACUAACGCUUCACCUUACCAAACAUCUACUAGUUCCACCGUUACAACUUUAAGUUCAGAAAUACUCUCACCGUUGCCGUCAAUCGGAACUUCUUUUCCAGCUGCGUCUUUUACAGAAAUACAUUUGCGUGACAGUCCAAUCACUGUACCUUCAUGCUCCGCAAGUCCAGUUAAAUCGGAAAUACCUCUCUUAAGCUCCCCUUCACCUACCAAAUCAGAAACACCACUGUAUUCUCAGCAUUCUAAUACUGCAACAUUACAUAAUUCUAGAAAUAUAUUAAACAUGGCAUCGAAUUACGAGACACCAAAUGAUUUGGUCGCCGCAAGCUUAGCACAGUUGGCUGAUCAGCUAGCACCUAAUUUUAUACAAACUGAUUUGACUAACAUUUUUCAACAGCAGACUGGUGAUAAUAAUAAUCGAAGCUCUACUAUUCAUCAAAUCCUUUCUGAAAAGAGUGGAGAACAAAAAAAUAAUUCAUGUGAAACAAGUGUAAGUGGUUACACAAAUAACUUCAAUGCAUCGCGUUCGUUGGAAGCACAUAAUCAAGAAAUUGCAGGCAGCACUAAAAAUAAAGCGGAGCCGUCGAGACUUUCUCCACCUGUACUUUUCUCAUCUAAUAACACAAGUUUAUAUAAAACAAAGCUUAUGAAAGAAUUGGAUAAUAUAAAAAAUGAUCCCUUAAAAAUGAAUGAACUUAUGCGCUCUCCGGAAUAUGCUGCUCUCCUCUUACAUCAGGCGGAAGCGCUUGGUGCAACUACACUCGGCACGCUUGGUUUAGGAUCUGAUUUAAAUUUUUUAACAGGCACUACCCUUGGACCUAAAGCCGAUCAAACGCAGACUCCCGACUAUAAUAAUUUAUCUCAAGUUUCAAAAUUUCUUGGGUAUGAAUCUUGUAUGCAAUUGGCAAAAGCAGAUGAUUUCAGCGCUUUUAUACAACAACAAAUGGGCGCUGUGGCAGCUGCAGCAUUGGUAAAUGUGUCCCUUUCAUCAAAAAAGCAAAAACAGUCAGAAUCUCAAGUUCAAGCGAACUACGGUUCAUUUUUACAAACAUAUUCAAAACUUUUUGAAAAUGAAAAUAAUUUUCGUUGUGAGUCGGUUGAAGGAAAGUCCUUAAAUAACCCACAUAAUGAAUUAUCUGCUUUGCUUUCAGUAGGAGCUGAUACUGACCUGUCUUCAUUUGAUUCCAAACUGAAGACCAAAGAUAUUUCUUCACAAAUCCAACAAAAGCAAAGUGAAAAUCAAAAUCAGACUGAUAGUUCAUUUCUUUAUCACCAAAAUAAGGCUGCUUCUCACUUGAGUUCACUAUUUUCAUCUUCAACACCGAUAGCUAAUCUAUCAUCUUCUAAUAAAUUGUGCAAUAGUACAAAUUCGACGAAUAUAUCUGCCAUUGCAGAGUCCCCUAACUUCUUUAAUGCUUUUUCCCAGGAAAAAACGCAAGAAUAUCCCUUCUUUCAGCAGCAACAUAUUAAGCAAGACGGAAAUUUUUUUCUUUCGCCCGCUGCGAUGUUAAAAAUUCAGAAGGAUUCGCUAUCUGCAAUGAUGAUGAAACCACCUAAAUCAACCUCAUCAACUGCUGCGACAAUAUCUCGUUUACGUGAAGCUUCAACGCCUCCAGCGCUAGGUCCAACUAAAGGCAGCUCUGCCAAUAGUGUGAAAUAUAAUUAUAGUGCAAUAGACUUGGCAGUUUCUAGUAUUCAGUCCAACACAUCUGCUCCGAUUCCGGUGGGAGAUAGUAACAAUUUGAUAUCACAACGAAGGCCUUCAAAUACACCACCUGUUGAUCUCAGCCGUCUUUAUAGCGAAGGCCAACCUUCAUCCGUAAUUGGUUCCCUGAAAAAACGUAUGGAAUUCUCAUCCAUAGCAGAACUAGCUGCUCCCCCGCCAACAAAAAUUUCAAAGGAAUUAAAUUAAAUGAAUACAGUCUUUGAACUACACUGAAAUAAAUAUUCAGAAUAAUAUAUUUUAAACGUGAAAUAUAUGUUAUUCCCUGUUUUGAAAAAAAUUUAGAAUAUCAUCAAUUUAUGUAUUUGGUAAAAAAUAAUAAAUGUAUUGUAUUUUUUUUUUAUAAAUAUUCUGGUUUUGUGUGCUUUGUAUGUUUUUUUUUUAACUUAAGAAGUGAAUGCAAAAAUGUAUAAACAAAUAAAUAUACCAAAAGUAAAACGUUUUGGAAAAAUAAAAAUAUAAAUGGAACUGGCACCGAUUUGAAAGUUUGUCAAAUUUGGAUCCAAUCGAUAUUUUCAACAAAGGAAA